AUGGUACAACUAUCUGCGGUUAUUCACAAAAUAUGUCAUCGGCGUAAACAGCACUUCAAGAGUGCGACCACCGGUGUUGCGACGAAGAACAUGCGCAAUGAACUUAAUCGAUUAGUGAACACCGUGUCAGAUUAUCACACUAAGAAGGCAUUUGACACGGAGAUGCAGUCGUUCUUUUAUCUCUUCACUCGUUAUCUCGCCGAGAAGGCGCAGAACAAGGAGCUCGACUGGGAUCGCAUCAAAUCCCCUGCUGCCGACCAAAUCGUCUCAUACGACCGAUUACCUACUAACCCGGACCCGAAGAUGUUGAACAAGCUCGCAGUACUUAAGGUAAAUGGAGGCCUUGGUACUUCCAUGGGCAUGACUGGUGCCAAAUCCGCGCUCGAGGUCAAAGACGACAUGACGUUCCUUGAUCUCACUGUGCGCCAGAUUGAGCACCUAAACACGACUCAUCGCGUAGAUGUACCACUCAUUCUCAUGACGUCGUUCAACACGCACGAAGACACGUUGAGGAUUAUCAAAAAGUAUGCUAAUCAGCAGCUGCGCAUAACCACCUUCAAUCAAAGCCGAUACCCGCGUAUCUUCAAGGAGUCUCUCAUGCCGUGCCCGAAAUCAGCUAAUGACGAUAAGAGCAAGUGGUACCCGCCUGGCCACGGCGAUCUGUACAAUGCCCUUCUCCAUUCAGGCGUGCUGGACCAGCUGCUUGCCGAAGGCAAGGAGUAUCUGUUUGUGUCUAACUCGGAUAACCUGGGCGCCGUCGUGGACCAGAACAUUCUCCAACACAUGGUCGACUCCCAGGCGGAGUUCAUCAUGGAGGUCACGGACAAGACAAAAGCAGAUGUCAAGGGCGGGACUCUCAUCGAUUACGAGGGUAACGUGCAGUUGCUCGAAAUUGCGCAAGUACCUUCAGAGCAUGUUGAAGACUUCAAGUCUGUCCGCAAGUUCAAGAUCUUCAACACGAAUAAUCUAUGGAUUAAUCUGAAAGCAUUGAAACGAGUCAUGGAGAAUGAGGGCAUGGAGCUAGAGAUAAUCGUCAAUCCCAAGACAGCUGACGAUGGCCAAGCCGUCAUCCAGCUCGAGACCGCCGCUGGUGCUGCGAUCAAGCACUUCCGGAACGCACACGGUGUGAACGUCCCUCGUUCGCGCUUCUUGCCUGUGAAGAGCUGUUCGGACCUGCUUCUGAUCAAGAGCGAUAUCUAUUCGCUCCAGCACGGACAACUCGUUAUUAACGAGAACCGGAUGUUCGAGACGACACCCGUCAUCAAGCUCGGUGACCACUUCAAGAAGAUCGCUCAAUUCCAGAAGCGGUUCAAAAAAAUACCCACUAUCAUCGAGUUGGACCAUCUAACAGUGACAGGCGACGUCAACUUUGGCCGAAAUGUGACUCUUCGUGGGACUGUGAUCAUUGUUGCCAACGAGGGCCAACGCAUCGAUAUACCAGAUGGUUGCGUCCUAGAGAAUAGGCUACUCUCCGGAAACUUGACAAUGACAGAGCUGUAA